ACUGCAUCAUACCAGACUCGAGCGUUUGCUAGGUAAAGUGCAGCCAUUCACCAGCAUGAAAGUUACAGUGUCGUCGUUCUACGGUAGUGCCGGAGUGGUGGUGUUGCUGCUGCUAUCCACGGUACUCGCUAGUGACCGCUGCCCACCGAAGGAUGACCCCGAGGAACCACCGGUCCUGUUUCCUCAUCCAACCGAUUGCGAUAAGUUCAUCAUCUGUAGCAAUGGCCGUGAGGUAACGAGCAAGUGUCCACCCGGAUUGCUCUGGAAUGAUCGGGCAAAGCGGUGCGAUUACCCAUCCGAGUCCGACUGUGUUCCGGAGGAGGGUGAAACCGACUUUAUCACGACGACGACGAAUGAGCAAGUGUCCUACGAUUGUCCACCGGUGUACGAUCCGGAUCAUAUGGUGUACAUACCGCACGGUACCGACUGCACCAAGUACUUCAUCUGCGAUCCGUACGGUGUACCACUCCAGCAGAACUGUCCACCGGGGCUUCACUGGAACCAAGUGGUUAGCUAUUGUGAUUUCCCCGAGCUGGCCCAGUGUACGGCGGAUCAGCGCUAAGCAAGCAUGCCCCACCAUCGUUGUUACAGAUAAGCGAACGAGAAUACAAAAUAAGUCCCUCA